UUAGGAAUGCAAGGAAUCUUGACCCCGUGGGCGUGAGGUCAUCCAUUAUCGGAGUCUCUUCAGAAAUGAGUGGAGGAGUGGCCCGUGAAUGUCGCUCCGAGCUCCGAUGCUACAGCAGCCGACUGACUGCAUCAAAGACGAUUUUACCUCGAGUGCGUGACCUUCCUGCAACUUGAUGUGUCAACUUUGGCGGGGGUCUAUACAGCAGUUGUGUGUAGCAUCAAAUUGAUUUGAUGAGAGGAUCAACAUUGCAUUAUUUGUAGACGACACUGACUCACUUAGACUCACUUCAACACAGAAACUGAAUAAUAAUUGUCAUUCCUUGAUUGAAAUCACAUUUAACUUUUCGGACUGGAUUUUCAAAUUUGUGGACCAAACGCUAUAUUGAAAGUAGGCCUAAUUGUCACUGGAUUUUCAUCCAUCAUCACUUGAAUGAUAAGUCAGUGAACUUUUCAUUUCCACUGUCAUCAUAUCUCAUGCAAUGAUGAGGAUUGUCAACAUGACUUUGUUGAGAAAAUAAUACAUUCUUCACUUCUUUCUUUUCAAAUUAUCUGCUUCUCAUCAAUAAUCUGCACACUGUCAUUGGUGCAGUGAAGCAAAACAUUAAUCAAUGAAUAGGAAUUGAUUAUGAUUCACUUGAAUUAAUAAAUACAUAGAUAUUCAAGUGACUAAUUGUACAGGAAUUUCAAACUUUGUUUGAACAGUCGAUGGACUUGCUUCAACAUCAAGAGGACUCAUACGAACGUUUAUCAGAGCUGAUACGGCAAUGGAUGAUAUUUUUUCACAAAUCCGUGAUGGGAAUGCAGUGCACGUCAGAGUUUGGUUGGACAAGGUUGAAAAUGAUCCAAACCAAGGAGAUGAUCAUGGAUUCAGUCCAAUGCAUUGGGCAUGUAAGGAGGGUCAUACCAACAUUGUUGAUAUGUUAAUAGGACGAGGUGCUAAGAUCAAUGCCACCAAUAUGGGUGAUGAUACCGCCCUUCAUUUAGCUGCUGCACAUGGUCAUAGGGACAUCGUUCUCAAGCUUAUUCAGCACAGAGCAGAUAUCAACGCUAUGAAUGAACAUGGAAACACACCUCUUCAUUAUGCUUGCUUUUGGAAUUAUGAACAAAUUUGUGUGGAUCUGAUCAAUAAUGGUGCUCUAGUUGCUCUUUCAAAUAAAGAUGAUGAUACACCAUUGGACAAGUCCAAGGAUGAAGUAGCAAGAAUGUUACAAGAAAAAGCAUCAGCCAUGGGCCAAGACUUGUCAAAAAUACAAUACAGGAAUAACUGGAGUGGUACAAAGACAAGAAGUCGUGAUGGAACCUUGUCAAGAUUUGCUGGCAUAGAUCUGAAACAUGUCAAGUUACAGAGCAAGAUCAACAGUAGUCCUACUGGGGAUAUGUGGAAGGGUAUAUGGCAAGGGACUGCUGUCAUGGCUAAGGUUCUCAAGGUCAGUAACGUGACAUCUCGUAUCUCAAGAGAGUUUGGUGAAGAGUUCCCACGGCUACGCAUCUUCUCACAUCCUAACAUACACCCAGUGUUGGGAUGUGUCAACCAGCCACCAAACCUUGUCGUGUUGAGUGAGACCCUACAGCAUGGAUCUCUCUUUCAUGUUCUACAUGAAGCAUCCGGUAUUGUUGUUGAUCAUGGUCAGAUGGUAAGCUUUGCAUUAGACAUUGCGAGAGGUAUGUCUUUCUUACAUGCUAUGGAUCCCCUCAUCCCAAGGUAUUAUCUCAACAGUAAAAACAUCAUGAUUGAUGAGGAGCUGACAGCUAAGAUCAACAUGGGUGAUACAAGGUUUUCCUUUCAGAACAGAGCUAAACUCUUCAAUCCUGCCUGGAUGGCACCAGAAGCCUUACAGAGGAGCCCAGAAGAUAUGAACUCUCGUUCUGCUGAUAUGUGGAGCUUUGCUAUCUUGAUUUGGGAGCUUGUUACUAGGGAAGUACCAUUCGCUGGUAUGUCAUCUAUGGAAGUAGGCAUGAAGAUUGUUGGAGAAGGUCUAAGGAUUGAGAUCCCUCCAGGGACGUCACCUCACAUGAGCAAACUCGUCAAGAUCUGUAUGAACGAAGACUCUACCAAACGACCUAGGUUUGACAUGAUCAUGCCCAUCUUGGAAAGGAUGCGUCCUGUGUAGGAUCAUGGCCAUACUGGCGCCCAAGGCCCACCCCCUGCCCUACUACUUGCCGGGUUCUGGUGAUUGAUUGCUGCUCGACGCCACCCCUUUCCACCAAGCAAGCUGCUCCUAAGGGGUGAUGAUGAUAAAGGGUGCCACUCCCUUUCUGUAAAGGUAUAUCGUUAGAUAAGGUUCAGGAUGAUUAGAUUUACUUCAGUAAACCCCUUCUUAAUGGGACGCUCUUACCUAGGGUUUAGACAGCCAGAUAGAUUAACUAAAUCCAGGUAUAUAGCGGGUGUUGCAAGAAAAUAUUUGCAAUCAAUUGCAAAUAUCGGGUGCAAAUUUACAAGUGACAGAUCAAUUUAAAAACA